AGACAGACCACGUCGAACGCAUACUUCCUUUUUCCUGUUUUUCUGUGUUUUUUUUUUUCUUUUUCAAAAAGGACAUUCUACUCGUUGUUUUCGAUUCAGCCACGUAAAAUAUACUAGCUGCUGAGCUUGCUGCGUUAUCACUUGGUCAGAAAGUGGAAACAUGAGUGGUCUGACAGCGUUCCUGCAAACCGAGUUGCUGUCGCUGUCAAGCGAAGCAAGACGGAAACAUCCCGAAAUUAAAGAAGCAGCUGAACGUCUGAGCGCUAUUUUACGAAGCUUCAAGGAACGACCGGGUCACAGCAUAGCCAACGAAUUGUCGAAAUCCGAAGAUGCACUGCGUCCCUUUGUCUUGGCCUGUGAAACGAAACAGGUCAAGCUAGUAACCAUCGCUAUUGGCUGCAUUCAAAAGCUCAUCUCCUUUCACGCCAUACCAGAGACGUCGGUGAGAACCAUUCUAAGAACCUUGGUGGAUAUUAGCGUGCACGGUGUCGAAAUUCAGCUCAAAAUACUACAAACAGUGUUGCCCUUGUUAACAAACUAUCGAAGUGUUCAUGAUGAUAUUCUGGCAGAGGCAUUGCUGAUAUGUUUUCGAUUGCAAGAUUCAAAAAUUGUCGUUGUGAAUAAUACCGCAGCAGCCACAUUACGGCAACUGGUGAUUUUCGUCUUUGAUAAAGUAGCCAAGGAGGAUGCAGCGCAACUAAGCAAGGAAGAGGCGAAACAUGAGGUGCAACUCAGUAGAGAUGAGACCAUUCUACUGCAUCCAUGCGCAAAGGAUGCGUUUUAUCUGUUCCAAGAUUUGUGCUUGCUCACGAGUGGUGAACCAGCCGAGUACCUUCGGUUAGGUCAUCUGUCAAAGACAUUUGGCCUGGAAUUGAUCGAAAGUGUACUGACCAAUCAUUACACACUAUUCCCGGAACAUAAAGAGCUGAUAUUUCUCCUAAGGGAACGAGUUUGUCCGCUCAUUCUGAAGAUCUUUUCUGAAAAACACGAGUUUCCUCAAACCAUGCGUCUUACCCGCGUCGUCUACAUUCUUAUCAAACAGUUCAACGAGAUAUUGAUCACCGAGUGUGAGAUUUUCCUGUCCAUGUUUGUCAAGGUACUGGAGCCAGAGAAUCCGCUUUGGCAGCGAGUGCUUGCGAUGGAAAUCUUUCGCGGCGUGUGCGGUGACUGUCACUUGCUGUGCUCGAUCUACAAGUGGUACGAUCGACAAAAUAAUUUUACCAACGUGUUUCGCGACAUGAUCACCGCGUUUGGUCGCUUGGCUUCGGAAAAGCCUCAUCUCAUUGGGGCCAGUCAAGGCGCUUGGGACAGUGUCGAUCAUAGUGGCAGCACCACGCCUCACGCGUACAAUCACCCCAGUGCCAGCAGUCCCGGACAAAAUGAGCAUUGCAUUAGCGCCAAUUCAUCGACGAUGCGCAUCCAAUGUAUUGAUCAACUGGACAAGGCCGAUCCUCCGACUAUUCCGGAGACUUACAUUUUUUACUUGGCACUUCUGUGUCUUAAUUCGAUCGCCGACGGAUUAGCAGGGUACGCGUUACCGCGGUUUUCGCAUGGCAACGGACGUAGCACGAGCACGACGACGUCCAAAACGCAACGCUCCGCGACCUUGGACUCCAAGGCAAAAGACGAAUCGGCUACCGAGGAAGUCACCAUCAAAGACGAUCUGCAACUCAUUACCGAUAUGGCCAACGAUGCUUGGCCGGGAUUACUAGCCGCCAUGUCAUUCUACCUAUCCACCAAUAUCGACGAAGAAUUAUUCCAAAGUACCAUGCGAUCGUACCAAAACUUUACAAACGUAUGCGGCAUGCUGAAUCUCGUCGUUCCUCGCGAUGCCUUCCUCACCAAUCUGUGCAAGAAUGCCAUCCCUGCCAGUUCAGUGUUCUCGGCAGCAGGAUUUUUUGGCGGGAAAUCGGGCGCCAGUUCAUCGAGUUUAUCGUCCAUGGCAGUGGCUGCUCCUGUAGCGAUCGCUUACACCGAUUUGCCCGUUCAACAACAACAGAUCCUCGCGAAUAUGACACUUAGCGAUAAAAAUCUGUAUAGUCUACGUAUCCUGUUGAACAUUGCCAUGUUUCUCGGUAGUGUAUUGGGACCGUCUUGGUACCUGGUGCUUGAAACACUUCAACAAGCCGACCUCUUGCUGCUCAGUCGUCUUACCCCUAAAGGCGGCGUCAGCACGCCCAACAACACCACACCGAACCUUCGACGCACCUUGACCAGUUCCCAGAGCAAUUCUGGCACGAAUCCCGCAUUAUCGCCCGGCAAUCCUACGACGACGUCGACUACCCAAAUGAUGGAUGCGGAUCAUAUUGCUGUGAUUCAAACAUCCAUGAACCGACUUUUUGAGAACAGCAAAUACCUCAACGAACAGGCCUUUAUCGAUUUCGCCACGGCGUUGUGUCGUCUAAGCGCGGAAUUCACGGGAGUGAAUUUCCACGAUACUGACGCCUCCUCAUCAUUGACGAAAUCUUUCAAAGCCAAAAUAUUCAACCACAAAUCAUUUGCCAUCGAUAAACUGCGCCACAUUGUCAUGCUGGAUAUCAAUCGGCUCAUCAAUCCACAAAGCGAUGCGGCCGUGUGGGAUCUCAUUAUGUCGCACCUCAUUGCCACCGCCAAUUGCGCUACCACGCCUUCGCCGAUCCGAACUCAAUGCUGCCAAGCCAUCUCUGACAUCAUUUUAACCGCCAUGGACCACGUUCUGUCCGAAUACAAGGAGGCCGAUGAAAGAAUUCAAACGCGACUGUUGACCGCUCUGAAUCAAUGUAUCAAUAACAGCACGGGCAGCGAAUCACGGCGUCCCAGUCAAGUGGCGGGCAGUGAUAAAUGGGGCACGGGCAAAUCGUUCACCGAAGUCCAAAAAAUGGCGCUUGAAACGCUGAAUAAUCUACUACAGACAUCGGGUCAUUCCUUUACGUGCGGAUGGGGACUGAUAUUUGACAUGUUACGCCACGCAACCACCACGUCGAUCAGUUUACAAAACGACUAUGCGAACAAUGAGGAUGAAUUGGAGGGUAAAAACGGGGAUGAAGAUGGCAAGAGCGGGGAACGUGCCAGUAUCGAUACGACGACGUCUUCCCUCAUGGCCGCCAGCACUGCGGGUCACAGCUUGAGCGGGCACAGUAUCAAAGCGUCGGCCGGGCUCAUUAAAGUCGCGUUUGCCAGUUUGCAGUUGAUCUGCACCGACUUUUUAUCAUUGCUGUCACCGGAUUGUCUGCGCCAAUGUAUCGCGACCCUGGGCUCGUUUGGCAUGCAGAGUGAAGAUCUCAACAUCAGUCUCACGGCCGUAGGACUGUUGUGGAAUUUGGCGGAUUUUAUUCAGACGCAACGUUUGGAAGUGGUGAAAAACGCCGAGUCGGAACUCAUGUCAGGUGAGACCGCCAAAGGAGAAGACGAAAUUGCGAAGGAAGACAUGAACGUGGAUCAGCCCAUUGAGAACGAACAAAGUCGGAAAGUGUACAAUAUUCUUUGGAUGAUCUUGUUACUGCAACUCUCGCAUACAUGCACGGACUGGCGGCCCGAAGUACGCAACGGGGCGAAUCAGACGUUGUUCCGCACCAUCAUGAUGAAUGGCAAUAUGCUGAGCGAAGAACUCUGGAAUGCCUGUCUGUGGCAAGUGCUGUUUCCUCUGCUGGAUGCGGUCAAGAUGUCAUCGAUUCGUGCAUCGCGGAUGAUGUUGUCUGCGCGAUCGGCUGGGUCGUCGCCACCCAUGGAACGUGAUUCGUCCGGAUUCAUGCUCCAUCAUUCCCGUGAUACAGCGGAAAAACAGUGGGACGAAACCAAGGUGCUGGUGCUCACCGGCAUGGCCGGCAUUUUCAACGAUUUUCUCUCGCAGUUGUAUCGAUUACCUCGGUUUGAGCAAGCAUGGUCGCUCCUUUUAGUGCACCUGGAAGAUUCGUGCCUACAGUCGAGUCAGGAAGUGGCCUUGGCAAGCAUAAAGAGUUUCCGCAGCAUCGUGACACUGUCACCCGAGUUUGAGAUUGAUGAAAAGAUUACAAAGUUGUGGCGACAGGCUUUGGGGUCCUGGGAAACCAUCGGUGGCGGGAUCAUGAGCUCGAAAUUAAGCGAGAAAGAAUUGCAAGAAAUUCAGGCGCGAAGACGUCCCGUGGACCUCGAACUGCACUCGCUCACCUUGUCACUGUCGUCAUCGACCAUUUCUCCCAUUUCCGAAGAUUUUACCCAAGAUACCCUCACCGCUUACGUGAAUAUGUUCAUUGCGCUUCAUCGUGUGAUUGCGCCCACCUUUAAUUUGGAAGAUUUGGGAUCCCUGCUGGGCGUGUUACGCAAUGUCAUGGUGUACCCCACGAGCCCGCAGUAUCGACCGGAUAUCGAUAAUCUGUCCCCACUUCAGGAAGCCAUACUGGAGGUGUUCCAAGUCUUGGAUAUGCAAAAUCCCGGCGUGGCCCCAUUGGUGCUCAUGGAUCUAUCAGAGUACAUGACCCUCGCCUUCCUGAGUCCGCAGGACGAUCCCCAAAAAUCCAAAGCAUACAUCCCGCCUAAUCAACGCAAAUUCUCUACCGUGACCUACAUUGCUCUCAACAAACGAUGUAGUACCAUUGUUGCAGAGUUAUUCAAGAGUCACGUCGACAACCCGGUCCUCUACAGUGACGGCGUCUUUGAACGGAUUAUUGGCUCGUACGGCCUGCCCAUGAAACUAAAAUACGAUUGCCCUCCUUCGUAUAAACACGGCGACGAUAAGACGCCUUUGUGGAAAAUGGCCACCACAGGAUUACUCGACGUGUUGUCGGUCGGUCUCAAAGUCAUGCAAUCACUGGGUGAAGACGUACCUCUCGAACGGUUUUCAGGAGUGUGGUGGACUUUGGUGGAUAUUUUUGAAGGAAGUCUCUUAUCACCAAGUGCACCGCCAACCACGCUGUCGAUUGAAGAAUUAGAUAUAGAUGAACAAUUCGAUAUUAUGACUUUGAAUAUCAUUCAGAAAGAUAUCAUGGUCUACAUGGGCGAAGCGCGCGUUCCGAAAGAAGUGAUCAAGAAGAUGGUCCAUGUCAUCAAAGAAAGCUCGCGAUUGUACUAUGUCGAUGACAGUGAUGCCCACAGAAAAGCCGAAACGGAAGCAGAAGAUGAACGUCCGACCAAACAAUUGGCAAUUGAAAGUGGGACAAAAGCACAAGGUAUUCAGGAACGGACGAGUGAGUUGGUCGGUACCACAGGAACCAUUGUGCCUGUCAUGAAAGAAGCGUUUGCGUAUGCGGCCUUUAAAUCGUUGUUUGGACUCUGUUCGGCCGAUCACACCGACUUUCCUCAAGUGCGACAUCGUAUUGCGCAAAUCACAAUCCCAGUGUUGCUGGACCGUUGCGAGACGAUUCUACGAAACUAUGCGGCCGAUGAACCUUUGAUGGGUCGUUGUCCUUUCCCAAGGUACUUGAUGGGAGUACGAAAAGAAGAAAUGCUGUUCUUUUUAAAACAAUCCAUUCAACUACGGCUCAAAGAAGAUAUCAUGGAAUUCCAUGAGGAUGUGAAAGAUACGGCAAAAUAUCAACUGUUAUCGGGUCCUAAAGCUCACCUCUUUUAUCUGUAUCCUGCUCUUUGCCACAUGAUUACGUGUGGCGAUCCAAUCAUCGUCACUCUCAUCCAAGAGUGCUUACAAGUAGCAGGAGCCGAGAUUGGAUUGGGAUCUCGACAUUCACCACUCGCUACCCAAUAACCCGGUCCGUACUUUUUUCCCUAUACAUUCUUUAUAAUAUCCAUCCAUCACUUCCUGUGCCGCGUUCAAAACCAUAGAAAUUAAAAAAUCCUAAAUUACAACAAGCUGACAAAAAUGAGUUGAUGUCGUAUGGAUACCUCGCGUCACAUAACCACUA